AUGAGGAGGUAUGAGGAGGUGAAGGGACCGACGCCGAUAUCAUAUGCUGACUUAGUGGCGAAUCCUAGCAACAAAAAAUUGAAUUUUAGAACACUUGCUAGUCCAGAUCCACAUGAUGAUUGUGAUGUGGUUCUACCGAAGGAUUCGAUUCGGGUUGUUCAGGAUAAACUAGCAAACACACUAUAUGGGUAUUUUCUGGGGGAUCGUGUUGCCUAUCCAGUUGUUGAGUAUUAUGUGAAGAAUAAAUGGAAGAGGUUUGGGUUGGUAAAACCUAUGAUGAAUGCCAAUGGUUUCUUCUUCUUCUUCAAGUUUGCGGAUCAUGCUGGCAUGAUGGUUGUUCUUAAAGAAGGACCAUGGGUUAUUCGGUCACAACCUUUGUUCUUAUGUGAGUGGUCCCCAAACACGAAAUUGGUUAAAAAGGAGGUUAAGAACGAACAGCUAUGGGUUAGGAUACAUGAUGUUCCUCUUGCUGCUUACACUGAGGAUGGUCUCAGUCUGAUAGUGACAGCUAUUGGUGUUCCAAAGCUUCUUGACUCAUACACUACUUCGAUGUGCAUGGAUUCCUGGGGUCGUAGUAGUUAUGCUAGAGCAUUGAUUGAGGUUUCGGCGGAUAAGGAGCUGAAAAAGGAAACCACUAUGGCUAUUCCAAAACUGGAUGGUGAUGGGUAUGUAAAAGAGACUAUGUAUGUUGAGUAUGAGUGGAAUCCUCAUCGCUGUUCACACUGUUGUGUCUUUGGUCACUCAAAUGAUCAAUGCCCUAGCUUACAAAAGAAUGUGGUAAAAGAUGAUAAGUCUCGUAAGCCUCCUGUGCAAGGACGGGGAUCUGGUAAGAAGCCGAUGGUAGAUGAAGAGGGUUAUAUGGGUGUGCAAGCCAAAUGUAGAGAAGGGCAGUGUAGCAAAGAUGCAGGUGGUGAGCAGGAGGAUUCGGAGGAUGAAGAGGUCGUUGAAGUUUACAAUGAAACUGGUGAGUUUAUUAUGGAAGGCACUCAUAAGUCAGCUACAAAAGGGACAAGAACUCCUAAUCCGUUGGUGUCCAAUGAAUCUCAUGUGGAUGUUGCUAAACUUAGUAAAGUGUGUUCGGCGGUUUUUCGUCAUUGGGAUUGGACUUCGAAUAGGAAUUGUUGUGUUAAAGGAACUCGUAUUAUCAUAGGGUGGAACCCGGAGGUGUUUGAUGUCAUGAUUUUGUCUCAAUCGUCCCAAGUUGUUCACCUUCAGCUUGUUUUUAAAGAUAACAAAAGGAUUCUAUUAUGUUCAGUUGUAUAUACGGAUAACUACUAUGUCACUCGAAGGGAGCUUUGGGCUCAAUUAUCGUUGCAUAAACUCAUGGUUGCUGAUAAACCAUGGGUAAUCAUGGGUGAUUUUAAUUCGGCCCUCUAUCUGGAAGAUAAAUCUAUGGGCACGUCGGCUACUUCAGUGGGUAUGCGUGAUUUUCAGGCUUCUAUUUCAGACAUUGAAGUUAUGGAUGUUAAUCGCUCGGGCCUCCACUUUACGUCGACUCAAAAGCCUAAGAAGGGAAUUGUUUUACUUAAGAAAAUUGAUCGUGUCAUGGCUAAUGACCCGUUUGUUGCUGAUUUCCCGAAUUCGCCGGAUUUUAUGAAUAUUGUCAAGGAGGUUUGGGAUACUAGAGUUAAUGGGGUAUACAAAUUUCGGGUUGUGAAGAAGCUUCGCCAUCUAAAGUCUCCUCUCCGGGCUUUAUUAUUUAGGCAGGGUAAUCUUCACACGAAAGUGAUAGAGUUACAUGGCAAGUUGGAUGAUAUUCAAAAGGAUAUUGAUAAGGAUCCCAUGAAUACGGACCUCAGAGCUCGAGAAACUAAGUUAACGUCUUCGUUUCAGGAGGCAUGCCUUGACGAGGAAAGGUUUUUAAAACAGAAAGCUAAAAUGGAUUGGUUAAGGGCGGGUGAUGCAAAUACCGCUUAUUUUCAUGCAGCCGUGAAGAGUAGGAAUCAUUGGAGCCGGAUUCAGGUUAUCUCGGAUGCUAACGGUGUGAUGUAUGAGGCCGAUAAUGUUCAUUCUAAUUUUGUGCAGCAUUACGAGAAGUUUUUGGGUUGUCAAGAUGAUAUAUCUGUGCAGCCGACUCCUGAUUUUUUUUCUAAAUGGGUGAACCCGAUGGAUGCUUCUUAUAUGGUUCGUCCAGUUAUGAUGGAAGAGGUUAAGUCCGCCAUGUUUUCUAUAGGAAAUGACAAGGCUUCGGGUCCAGAUGGGUAUACUGCUGCUUUUUUCAAAGCUGCUUGGUCGAUUGUAGGGCAUGAUAUCUCAAAGGCAGUCAUUGAUUUUUUCUCUACAGGUAGAAAGAUUUCAGAUAAUAUUCUGUUGACUCAAGAACUCAUGCACAACUAUCAUAGGAACUCAGGUCCUCCUCGUUGUGCGUUUAAGGUGGAUAUACAGAAGGCUUAUGAUACGGUUGACUGGAGUUUCCUGAAAAAAUGUUCUGAUUGGGUUUGGGUUUCAUGCCAGAAUGGUGGAGUGGAUUAUGAUGAUCUUUUCUUAUUUGCGAGAGGUGAUGUUAAUUCGGCUAAAUGUAUUAUGUCUUCUCCUACAAUUUUUACUAAAAUGUCUGGAUUGGUGCCUAGUAUUCAGAAGGGCACAGGGUUCUUUUGCAAUGUGCCUACUCACGUUAAGGACCAUAUUUUAGAUAUUAUGCCGUUUGAGGAGGGAUCGUUGCCAGUUCGCUACUUGGGUGUUCCGCUCAUCUCUUCUAGACUUUUAUAUAAAGAUAGCAGUGCCUUAGUGGAAAGCUAUUCAUUGCAAGUUUGGAAUAUGGUCCACUCGAAAGGUGGUAUGGAUAAUGUUGGGCCUUAUUGGGAUGAUAUUGUCGACUAG